AUGGAGGAGAAAGGUCUUGCAGUCCGCGAGAAGUGCAAUGCGAUUCAAGAGCAGGUUACUGCGAAAGAGAGAAGACUCCGCAAGGACGAGUCAAAGUACCGAAAGCUAAAGAAGGAGUACGACGGGAUGGCAAGUGCAGAAGUUGAUCUAUCCAACAGCUUGGAGGACUGCGAAGAAAUGCUGGAAGAAAACGCAAAGAAGAGACAUACUGGAAAGCAAAACUCACGUCUCUCCAUACAGCUUUCAUCACGGAGCAAGAAGCACAGUGCGAGUGUUUUCGAGAAUGAAUCAGAUUUGCCCGCUCGGAAGCGUCGAAAGAAGAGCAAGAAUGCUGAUCGAAACGAAGCAAUCGAUGAGCAAAAGGAGGAGCACAUCGAGGAUGAAGACAGUAACGAGGAGGAAUAG